CAUCGCCUUGAAUCUUUGGCUAAGUUGUGGUUAGAUUUAGCUGCAAAUUAUAGGCCUCUGAGGAAAGUUCUUUAACAGUUGAAAGCUGACGUUGUUCCAAAGACAGCAGAAAACUUUAGAGCUCUUUGUACUGGUGAAAAAGGUUUUGGGUAUAAAGGAUCUACUUUUCACAGAGUGAUUCCUUCAUUUAUGUGCCAGGGUGGUGACUUUACAAAUCAUAAUGGAACCGGUGGAAAAUCCAUUUAUGGCAGUAGAUUUCCAGAUGAAAAUUUCAUACUUAAGCAUGUAGGACCAGGUGUUCUUUCAAUGGCCAAUGCAGGACCCAAUACAAAUGGAUCUCAGUUCUUCAUUUGCACUGCAAAAACUGACUGGCUAGAUGGAAAACAUGUUGUUUUUGGACAUGUAAAGGAAGGAAUGGAUGUUGUGAAAAAAAUUGAGAGCUUUGGUUCCAAGAGUGGAAAAACCUCCAAAAAGAUUGUGAUUACUGACUGUGGCCAGCUGUCCUAGCCUUUUGCCCUACCAUUCAGGACAACUUCGAUGCUGUGAAAAAUGAAUCAUAAAAACCCCAAACAUUUCUGAUCCCAUGAGUAGCACCUAUGGAACCAUAUUUUCUAUUUAACUUGGUGCAGCUUUUAUACUUAUAUUGAAUAAUAUUGAUUAAAAGCGUAAAACAUUAACUGAAAUGUGUUUUAACUGAGCUGCCUUGGUUGACACACUGAUUUGGUAGUCCCAUUGUGUUUUAAAAGAAGUAGUGCAGUCACCCAGAGCCUAUCUGACUGCAGUGUUGGUACUGUCCUUAGUAUUUGGAUGUUUCAGGUGUUAGUCGGUGGUGGAGUUGACAACUAAGUGUUCUAUAGCUGGGGGUUAGAUACAAGUUGAGAAAUACCGUGUUUCCUUUGGUGCUAAUAAAU